AUGGAUGAUAAAUUUUAUUUAACUUUUUCUAAAAGAAAAAAAAAAAAAGUGAGUGGAACAAUAAAUAAAGAAAAAUUUAAAAAGAAUUUUUCCAAAAGCGAAAAAUAUGUUAAAGUGUCAAUAUUAAAUAAAAACACGAGUAAAAAAACUCUUCUACACACAUUAUUUAAAGGUUUUGUAAAGCCUUGUAAUGAAAAAAAUACAGUAUUUUAUUCCAUUCUAUGUAUUAUUAAUAAUAUAUAUAAAUGUCCCUAUUUUACAAAGCAUCGAUGCUUAAUAUGUAAGCCAUUAUAUUAUAAUAGGAUAUUAAAAUUGAAACAAGCAAGUGAAGAUAAUGAUAAAAGCGAUGAUGUUGAUGAUGACCCAAGUGCAUCCUUGAAAUAUAAUUUAUACUAUAAUAGGAGGAAGGUAGAUAUAAGUGGGGUAACAAAAGAAGACAAAAAAAAUGACAUAAGCGAUAUUUCAAGUCCAAAUACUAGUAACAACAAAUUCGAAAGUAUUAAUAAAAACAAUGAAACUAUUUCAAAUAAUUGUGUGCGGGAAAAUUAUUCUCAUACAUGCACAGAUAAAGAAAGUUCUAAAAUAGAUAGCGAGGAAAAGAAGCAAGGAAAAAGUGUGUCAGUGCAAAAUUUCCAAGAAGAAAAUGAAGAUGAGAGAGAUGAUGAUAAUAAAAUAAAAAAAAAUAAAAUAAAAAGGGAAGAAAUUAAACAUGAUAAGAAUGAAAAAGGAGAAAAUUAUGAAGAAAGUAAAAACACAAUAAUAUAUGACCCUUUAAAAACAAGCAUAAUAAACAAUAAAACAAAAUUAAGUUUAAAUAAUAACAAACAAAAUAAUUCUUCUAAUAAAACAAAUUUAUUUAGUACAUGCCCAGUUCCUAAUAUCUUAAAUGGGAAAUUAAAUUUGUCUAAUAUCCAGGAAUAUAAUUUUUUAUCGCAUGAUAAUAAAAUAAAUUACUUAGAUUUAUAUAAUUUUGAUUUAUUUGAUAAGACAAAUAUAUAUGAUAAAAUAUUGUUAGAUCUUAAUCAAAACGAAAUACACACAAAUAUAUUAAGAACAGGAAUAUAUUUUAAUAAAUAUAUGAAUACAACACAUAACCAUAGGAAUGUUGAUCUGUUAAUGGCAUUAAAAUCAUUUAUAAAAGAUUAUACACUACCCCCUUACGAGCCAAUUAAUAGGCAUAUGAAAAUUGUGAUUGAUAAAGAGAUAAAUUAUAUUAUAAUGUGUAAAAAGCAUAGCAUAAGUAUGGGAGAAGUAAUUAGGUGGUUUAAAAAUAUGGUAACAGAAAGUAUAGGUAAACAUGUUUUAGACGAAAUAAAAGAAAUAAUUAUUAAUAAUAUUAAUAAUUAUAUAAGAACUAAGAUAAUUAUUCCAUCUAUAAAUAUAUCAAAUUAUGUAUCAGAAUAUAUAAUUGAAGAUAAGGAUAUUUUAUUAAUAUAUACAUUUGAUUAUGAUAUAUAUAUAUCUAUGAUAAAUGCAAAAAAAAAAGGAAAAAUGUUCGAAAUUUUCUUAGUAGAUUCAGAACCAUAUAAAAAUUCACAUAAUAUAAAAUUAUAUAUUAAAUUGGGUAUACCUGUUACAUAUACAUUACUUAGUAGCUUAUCUUAUAAUAUUAAAAAAUGUACUAAAGUUUUAUUAGGUAUUGAUUCUAUUAUGCAUAAUAAUAUAUAUGGUUAUGCAGGAACCAGUAUGAUUUGUAUGAUUUCAAAGGUAAAUAAUGUUCCUGUAUAUAUAGUUUGUGAAACGUAUAAAAUAAGUAAUAAAAUAAUUAUAGAUAGUUUUAGUAUGAAUAAUAUAAAUAAUAAUAUAGAUGUCUAUGAUUAUAUAUAUUUGCAUCAUUAUCAUAAUUCAAAACAUUAUCAUAAUAAUAUUCCAUCUAUAAGAAAAAAUGAUAAAACUGCAGUAGAUUCAGGUUUAGAAUUUAAUAAAAAACUUAAUAAUUUUAUAGAAUCAUAUCCAGAUAUAAAAUCGAAUCAAAUUUUGUUUAGCAAUAUUAAUGAUGGAAAUUACAUAGGAAGCGCAAAUUCCUUGAAUCAAAACAUGAAAUGCCCCAAACCAACUAUUAUUUAUUCUUCAGGAAAUCCCAAUCAAUUUUAUAAAAAAGGAAGAAAAGAAAAUGAAAAAAAACACAAUAUCAAUAAUAUAUGUGAUCCAAAUGAGUCUUCAAAAUAUAAUGAUACAUCUAUAAAAUGCAACCAUGAUAGCAAUAGUUUUGAGAAAAGUAAUGUUCAAAAAUUUAAUGAUAAUCAAUCAUCUCUAUAUAUAGAAAAUAAAAAUGAUCAAACAUCGAAUAAUAUAUUAAAAAAAAAUAUGUUUGCCUUGCAUGAAGAAGAAAAAACAUCUCUUUUUAUAAAAGUUGUUAAAGACAAAAAAAUUAACACACUAAUAAUGAAGAAAAACAGCUACGAAGAAAUAAACAUUAAUAAAAUGAAUCACGAUGAAAUUAGCAUAGGAGAAAAUAAUACAAAUCAAACAAACCCGAGCACGCCUGGUUUGAAACAAAAGGAAACUUCAGUUUUCAGAAACACAGUUAAAGAUGUAAGUAAUGAAAGAAUUGUUUCAACAAAAAGCAUUAUGAAAAUUAUAGAUGAAUCAAAUAAUAAUAAAAAAGUUGAAACUAUAAAUUUAUGUAUUAAUCACAAACACAAUUUUACAAAUGUAUCCAAUGAUUGUAAAAAUAUGAAUAAAAAAAAUAAACAAUUUUAUAAUAUAAAAAAUGAUAAAGCAUUUUAUGAACAAAAAAAUAGUUAUUUCAUUAACUUUAAAAAUUAUUUAGAUAUCUCAUCGAAUAAUUCAAACCCUAAAAUAAAACAAAAUGAAAUUGAAGAAGAAAAAACUUCAUGCAAUAAUGUUUGUGAUUCCAUUUGCAGUUCUAUUGGAAAUUUAAACAUAAAAAAUAUAUGCAGAGAUAGACAUAACGAAACAAAUUUAUUUAGUUCUAUCUUAUCACAUAUUGAUAAAAUAAAAACGAAUACCGAUAAAUCAUUUUAUGUAGCUAAUAUAUGUAACGACGUCACUCCACUUAAUUAUAUUAGUUACAUUAUUACCGAAGUGGGGGUAUAUACAAGUGAAAAUAAAAACUCCUUAAACGUUUUUAUUCAAAAUAAUAUUUAA